GGUUUCCCGCCGCCCGCUCGGCCCUCCGUCUGUGCAGGCAGGGAAAGGGCCGCUCGCCCCGCUGCCGGGGUCACCCUGUGUCGGUACACAUGGGUCCGGCCGGUGCCCGGCGUCUGUGAGGCCGCAUCAUGGACAGGAGGGACUUCCUGAAAUCCCUGCUGGCGGGGGGCACAGCGGGCAUGUGCGUGGACCUCAUCUUAUUUCCACUGGACACGGUCAAAACAAGACUGCAGAGCCCUCUUGGAUUUUACAGAUCUGGAGGAUUCCGAGGUAUCUACGCAGGAGUUCCAUCCACGGCCGUUGGAUCGUUUCCCAACGCCGCCGCUUUUUUUGUCACUUACGAAACUGUGAAAUGUAUCCUACACCCUGAUGCGUCUUCGUAUUGGUCACCCGUAGCCCACAUGGCAGCUGCCUCUAUGGGAGAAGUGGUUGCUUGCCUAAUUCGGGUCCCCUCCGAGGUUGUGAAGCAGAGGACACAGGUGUCUCCUUCUUAUUCCACGUAUCAGACGUUGGCUUGGACUCUACGGCAAGAGGGGAUACGGGGCCUUUACCGCGGAUAUAAGAGCACGGUGCUACGGGAGAUUCCAUUUUCGUUUGUUCAGUUUCCUCUGUGGGAGUUUUUAAAGGAUCUCUGGUCGUGGAAACAAGGCCAUCCUGUUGAUUCUUGGCAGUCGGCGGUCUGCGGAGCUUUUGCAGGUGGGUUUGCAGCAGCUGUUACCACCCCUCUCGACGUGGCAAAAACACGGAUAAUGUUAGCAAAGGCUGGAUCGAGUACAGCGAGCGGGAACGUCUUCUUAGCGCUCCAUGAUAUUUGGAGGACACAAGGAGUUACGGGGCUGUUUGUCGGAAUCAUCCCAAGAAUAACGGCCAUCAGCCUGGGCGGGUUUAUCUUCCUCGGCGCUUAUGACAAAGUCCGCAGUCUGCUACAGUGAGAAAA